CCGAUAGCGCGGGGUCCUCAGCUGCCUAGGUGUCUAGUGCCGUCGUCUUCGCGGGCGGCUGUUAGUGCAGCUCCUGUUGGUGCGCUGUGGUGGUGGUGACGGCUGCCGGCCAGGAGGAGCAGAGCUUCAGCCCGGAGUAAGGAAGCGGCCAAGGCGGCGGCGGAGGCGCAGAGGCGGUGGGACCGGCUGAGCGGCGGCGGCCGAGGUAGCGGCAGCGGCCGAAGCGCAGGGGGGUGGGGGGGGAAGAUGGCGGACGUGCUGAGCGUCCUGCGCCAGUACAACAUCCAGAAGAAGGAGAUCGUGGUGAAGGGAGAUGAGGUGAUCUUCGGCGAGUUCUCCUGGCCCAAGAAUGUCAAGACCAACUAUGUGAUUUGGGGGACAGGAAAGGAAGGCCAACCCAGAGAGUACUACACUUUGGAUUCUAUCUUGUUCCUGCUUAAUAAUGUACAUCUUUCUCAUCCUGUAUAUGUCCGCCGUGCAGCAACUGAAAACAUUCCUGUGGUUAGAAGACCGGAUAGAAAAGAUUUACUUGCAUAUUUAAAUGGUGAAACGUCAACAUCUGCAAGUAUCGACAGAAGUGCACCCCUUGAAAUAGGUCUUCAGCGAUCCACACAAGUAAAAAGAGCAGCAGAUGAAAUAUUAGCGGAGGCAAAGAAACCACGAAUUGAGGAUGAAGAGUGUGUACGUCUUGAUAAGGAGCGAUUGGCUGCUCGUUUGGAAGGUCACAAAGAAGGGAUUGUUCAAACAGAGCAGAUUAGAUCCUUAUCUGAGGCUAUGUCUGUGGAAAAAAUAGCUGCAAUCAAAGCUAAAAUUAUGGCCAAGAAAAGAUCUACUAUCAAGACUGAUCUAGAUGAUGACAUAACUGCACUUAAACAAAGAAGUUUUGUGGAUGCUGAGGUAGAUGUGACCAGAGACAUUGUGAGUCGUGAGAGAGUAUGGAGGACAAGAACUACUAUUUUACAAAGCACAGGAAAGAAUUUUGCCAAGAAUAUUUUUGCAAUUCUUCAGUCUGUAAAAGCCAGAGAGGAAGGACGGGCACCUGAGCAGAGACCUGCACCUAAUACAGCACCUGUGGAUCCUACGUUGCGGAAUAAACCUCCUAUUCCAGCUGCCUACAACAGAUAUGACCAGGAAAGAUUCAAAGGAAAAGAAGAAACGGAAGGCUUCAAAAUUGAUACAAUGGGCACCUACCAUGGAAUGACUCUAAAAUCUGUAACGGAGGGCGCAUCAGCUCGUAAGACUCAAACUCCAGCUGCACAACCAGUACCAAGACCAGUUUCCCAAGCAAGACCACCUCCAAACCAGAAGAAAGGAUCUCGAACACCUAUUAUCAUUAUUCCAGCAGCUACCACCUCUUUAAUAACUAUGCUUAAUGCAAAAGACCUUCUCCAGGACCUAAAAUUUGUUCCAUCAGAUGAAAAGAAAAAACAAGGCUGCCAACGAGAAAAUGAAACACUUAUCCAGAGACGAAAAGAUCAGAUGCAGCCUGGAGGUACUGCCAUAAGUGUAACUGUCCCCUAUCGAGUCGUAGAUCAGCCUCUCAAACUUAUGCCUCAAGACUGGGAUCGUGUUGUGGCAGUUUUUGUACAGGGCCCUGCAUGGCAGUUCAAAGGUUGGCCAUGGCUGUUACCUGAUGGAUCACCAGUUGACAUAUUUGCUAAAAUUAAAGCCUUCCAUCUAAAGUAUGAUGAAGUACGCCUAGAUCCAAAUGUACAGAAAUGGGAUGUAACAGUAUUAGAAUUAAGCUAUCACAAACGUCAUUUGGACAGACCAGUGUUUUUGCGUUUUUGGGAAACAUUGGACAGGUACAUGGUGAAGCAUAAAUCCCAUUUGAGAUUCUGAAUGACUUGACUACCAUUUCUCCUCUAGAAAUUUGGAUUAAGAAGCAUGAAACUGCUCCAUUCUGGGAACUGAGGCUCUUGAUUUAUGAAUUUGUCAAGAACUUUGCAAAUGGAGGUCACAAAUGAAUCUUUUUUUCUAAGACCUUAUUUGAUGUUUCGUGCUUUGACAGGCCGAUUUCUGUCACCAUUAUAAGCAAAAGUUUUUUGCUUACGACUAUUUUUUUAAUAAUAAUAAUAAUAUUAGCCUUCUAGUCUGUAA